ACCGUUCGUCCAUUUCGUUACCAGUGUGAGACCGUGUAUUUAGCUAGCAUAACGGGGACAAGAUGGCUGCGACAGGUCGUUACUACAGCGAAGGCGGCAGAGCGACGAAAAGGCAAAAAACCGAGAACGACGGGAUGGAGGGCUACGAGGACCCUCACAAGACGCUCCCCUCCGUUGUUAUUCAUGUAAGGGGUUUGGUCGAUGGCGUCACGGAAGCAGACCUCGUUGAAGCCUUACAGGAGUUUGGCCCAAUCAGUUACGUGGUUGUGAUGCCAAAGAAGCGCCAGGCCCUUGUAGAAUAUGAGGACAUGAGCGGGUCGUGUAAUGCCGUGACCUACGCAAAUGACAACCAGAUCUACAUAGCAGGCAAUCCUGCCUUCAUCAACUAUUCCACAAGCCAGAAAAUAUCACGUCCAAGUGACUCGGAUGAUUCCCGGAGUGUCAACCUGGUUCUCUUACUCACCAUCAUGAACCCCAUUUAUCCAAUCACAACAGAUGUGCUGUACACUAUUUGCAACAAUUGUGGUCCAGUUCAGAGGAUUGUUAUCUUCCGGAAAAAUGGUGUCCAGGCCAUGGUGGAGUUUGAUUCGGUUCAGAGUGCUCAGAGAGCUAAGGCUUCUCUCAAUGGAGCUGACAUUUACUCUGGUUGCUGCACAUUGAAGAUUGAGUAUGCUAAGCCAACCCGCCUCAAUGUUUUCAAGAACGAUCAGGACACCUGGGAUUACACCAACCCCACUUUGAGCGGCCAAGAUGCUGAUGCAGAAGGCAAUGGCAGCAAUGCUCAAGAUGUGAAUGCCAACCCCAACAAGCGCCAGAGACAGCCUGCUCUGCUGGGAGACCACCCUCCAGAGUACGGAUCUGGGGAUUUGUCUCUAGGUGGGCCGCAAGGUUACCACGGUUACCAUGAUGAUGGCUACUAUGAGGGUCGUCGUGUAGGGCCUCCAAUGGGUCCACGUGGAAGUGGGCCAAACCAGCGGUACGGAGGCCAGUACGGCCCUCCCCCUCCACCUCCUGGGGAGUACAGCCCUCAUGCAGAGUCUCCAGUUGUCAUGGUGUAUGGUCUUGACCCGACAAAGAUGAAUGCAGACAGGGUCUUCAACAUUUUCUGUCUAUAUGGCAAUGUGGAGCGGGUUAAAUUCAUGAAAAGCAAGCCUGGAGCCUGCAUGGUGGAGAUGGGGGAUUGCUAUGCUGUUGACCGAGCCAUUUCUCACCUCAACAACAACUUCCUCUUCAACCAGAAACUCAAUGUCUGUGUGUCCAAGCAGCAGGCAAUUAUGCUGGGCCAGUCCUACACACUAGAUGAUGGAAGCAACAGCUUCAAGGAUUUCCACGGCAGUAGGAACAACCGUUUCAACUCUCCAGAGCAGGCAGCUAAGAAUCGCAUCCAACACCCAAGCAACGUUCUGCACUUCUUCAACGCGCAGCCCGAGGCCACCGCUGAUAUCUUCUCCCAGGUUAUUUGUGAUGAACUUGGCAUCAAAUGUCCCUCAAACGUGAAGCUUUUCACAGGAAAAAUUUUUGUUGAUCUGUCAGAUGGAGCCCCUGGAGAGCGCAGUGCUUCAGGCCUGCUAGAGUGGGAAUCAAUCAAUGAUGCUAUGGAGGCACUAGCCAUGAUGAACCAUUACCAGAUGCAGAACCCUAAUGGCCCUUACCCAUACACGCUGAAGCUGUGCUUCUCCACUGCACAACAUGCCAACUGAGUAGCACCUGUCUGCAGGAUGUAACAGCCACAAACUACUAAAAUCACUGCUUGACUUCAUCUGUAUUUUACCCUCUUGUGUGUAACGGGCAGUUGUUAGUGUUUUUGUGUCUGCGGUCAUAUUGAGUUGUCUUCAUAUUGUUUCAAGAUUUAUUCAUGUAUCCUUUGCGAGUUCUACGAGAAUGACUGACCAACAUGAAUAAGGAAAUGUUUUUACUUAAGAUGGGGAUGAUAAGCUUUUGUACCAGUAUUUUUUCUUUUUUACUGCUUUCCAUCAAUUUGGUUUUGUGUUGUGUUUAGCACCUGCCGAAAGUUCACACUUUGUAAGGAGACUGCAUCUUGUGUUUUUGUUCUCAAUAAAAUUGAUGAAUAAUUAAAUUGGA